AUGGUGGCUGUAUUGAUGGUGGACGUGGUGGCAGAGAUGGCUGAGGACGUAAAACAUCUAAUAAACUCAAGGGUUUCUAAAGUUAAGUCCUUGGACGAUAUUGAAGAGGGCACAUAUUGGAAUCGUCUACCUGUUUCAGAGGAUUCAAAUUCAUGUUCUCAGGGUGCACUGACUGCAUCAGAAAGAGCAAAUGGCUCUGGCUCUGCUGCUGAGAAUUUAAAUAAUUUAGUUCAACCAGAAGUGUGUUGCCAUGUGGUCAUCGAUUUUGUUAUUCAUGAAUCCAAGAAUGGGCUGAUCACAUAUGAGUUGUGCCAUUUGAUAUCUUUGCCAUUUCUCUACUUUGAAGUGGUUAUCUUUACCUUUUGGAUGAUUACGGUUGAAAAGUUUUCUUCUGCUGCUGCUGCUGAUGAUUAA